GCUUGGGUUUUCACGAUGAUGCAACCAGCAACGAGCGUAGUUCAGCCACACCAGCAGAACCACCUUCAAUACCAACAACAACAACAGUCAUGGAUGAUUAAGCAGCAGAUGUAUUACCACCAGCAACAACCCCCUCAGGCGGCUGCCACGGCGGUUCAACAACCCCAGUACUCGGCGUCCCAGCCCUCCAGCGCCGACGAGGUCCGCACUCUUUGGAUCGGUGAUCUCCAGUACUGGAUUGAUGAACAGUAUCUCAUCAUCUGUUUCGCCCAUACUGGCGAGGUGGUCUCUGCAAAAGUGAUCCGUAACAAGCAAACUAGUCAAUCAGAGGGUUAUGGCUUUAUUGAGUUCGCAAAUCAUCCUGCUGCGGAAAGAGCGUUACAAACAUAUAAUGGUACCCAGAUGCCAAAUAUUGAGCAGAACUACAGACUGAACUGGGCAUCCUUUGGUACAGGUGAAAAACGUCAAGAUACUACCCAUGACUACACCAUAUUUGUUGGAGAUUUGGCAUCUGAUGUUACAGAUGACAUGCUGCAAGAGACUUUCAGACCCCACUACCCCUCAGUUAAGGGUGCAAAGGUUGUAACCGAUAGGAUGACCGGAAGGACUAAGGGCUAUGGGUUUGUCAGGUUUGGAGAUGAAAG